AUGCUUCCACGUAAUUCUUUAUCCAACAAGGUCAACACAAAGGCAAAGGUGGCUAAUGCAAAGGCUAAACAAGAUAAGAAGAAGACUUGGGCAGGUUUAACCCUGGAAGAUUUGAAAACCCUCGGUCAGAAGAUAAAGGAAUGCUUUAAAUGGAACCACUCACCACGGGAGUUCCAGCUCGACACUAUCAAGGCCCAGCUACUGCGAAAAGAUGUUCUUAUCCAUGCCGGUACGGGGUCAGGGAAAACAUUUGUUGCAGCUGGACCUCAUGCCCAUGAGGCGACGAAAGGGAUGGUAACCUUCAUGGUAUCGCCGCUGAUCGCGCUACAAGAAGAACAGGUUAGCUGUCAGCGAAAUACAUGUUUGGUUGAUGGAUGGGUGGUAUACACUUUUAUGAUAAAAACCAGACAUAUGCCUGGAGGGCGAUGUGUAUAA